AUAACGGUUAUUGAUUAUUUCUGUUUGGUUGCUGAGAAAAUGAGGGAAAGUGAAGGAAGAUGUGAUUUAUUUACAGGAAUAGUAACUUUGCUCUUUUUCUGGUUUUGUAGGAGUUUGGUACCGGAGAAUGUGAUUUAGUUCCAGGAAUAGUAACUGACUGUAGACUGUGGAGAGAAAUUGGAGUUCGGAAAUGGCGACUGAUACUGAAUUUCAUCAGUCUGGUAUACCUUCAGACCGUCAACACUCCCAGGAUGUAUCUAUCUCUCAAAUUUUGGAUCAUGGUUCAAUAUCCUUUGGAAGAUUUUCUGUAGAAACACUUGCGUGGGAAAAACGUUCUGUCUUUCGGCACAACAGAUGUCAGGAGGAGCUCGAAAAAUACAAGUCCAAUGGAUUGGUUGCUCAAAAGAAGGCUUACUUUGAAGAAUAUUACAAAAAAAUUAGAGCCCUCAAGGUACUGCAGGCGGAGCAUCAAGAAACCACUGAACCUGAUCUUUGCCCGGAUGGGAAGAUCAAUGCCUCGCAGUCCGAAAAUGACAAUUGUGAUGACUUAUCUCAAGUGACAAAGUCAGGAAAUGAGACAGUCGCUAACUUGGGAAGCGUAGCGGAUAAACCAGUACAACUAAACUUGAGUGACUGUAAUGACAGUACUAACAAGGUUAUUGUGACGGAAGAAACCAGUAAGACUCUAUCAAUUGAACCGGAACAUGAUAGAAUUGGGGCUUCCUUAUCACCCACUCCAUCGGUCACUAGGAGCUUGAAAUCUUCCCAGCCUGACAGCCCUGUCUCUGACUCUGUCAAGAAUGACGCUAACAAGCCAAAGAAACAUGCAUCUCCUGUAUUAAAGUCUAAGGGUAAUGCUGCUUUACCAUGGAACAAACCAAAGUUGGACAGCAAAGUUACUAGACCCAGAGAUGAUGUUAAGGCAUCAGAGGAGUCAAAACCACGUCUGCCUCAUCAUUCCACUGCCAAAAGAGAUAACAAUCUUCUUCCUAGCAAGCGUAACACUCGUAGCUCAGCCACUGAUAAUAAUUUCAACCAUGUUUCCAUACGUAAACAGCUCACUGAAGUAUGCUCCAGUGCCACUGUUCACCUUGCAUCAACAAGAAGUAGAUUGGUGUCAUUUUCUCCUAGUGGUAGAAGUCAUCCAAAAAAGGAAAAUUCGAAUGGCAAAAAUUUGGCUGAUACAUUACGAACAAAUCCACCAGUUCGUUCACGAUCUGUCCAGAGUCCAUCAGAACAGAAAUCCAUUCCUGGUGGUUUGAAGAACAUGGCUAUAGAGAAACGGAGCUGUACUGGAGUUUCUAGAAAGCCUUUAGACUUGGGUAGUGAGCAGAUGCGACCAAAGGUUGGCCUAUCUGAAAACCAGAGACCAAAAUCAAUCAGCUGUAUUGGAGUUUCUAGAAAGCCUUUAGAUUUGGGCAAUCAACAAAUGCGACCGAAGGUUGGCCUAUCUGAGAACCAGGGACCAAAAUCAAUGUUCACAAACAAACCUACCAAAAAUAAAUUGAACCAAAAUUUUGGUGCUGACUAUGAUCGCAAGAAUUGUGGAAAAGAAAGAAAGCAGAAAAAGGGAGAUGAGGAAAGUAACGCUGCACGCAGAAGAUAUUCAAAAUCUGCCGCAAGCGUGGCAUCCAGUACUCGGAAGAAUGUAAAACUUGUGCAUAAGAUUGCAGAAUCAAGGUCUGGGACUCUCCCACAUACUUGAAGGAACCAAGGUACAGUUCGAGUUACUGUGUAGACUCAAGAUGCUGAGCCGGGACAAUAAUCUCCAAAGCAGUGGUGAUUAACGUCCUCUACGAAAUCAGUUGGGUGCACGCAGCAGGAUGACAAAUGUGUCAUCACAUUGAUAAUGCAAAAGAGUGCAAGAACGGGCGAGAACCAGUGCAAGAAACCCGAAUGAGCGGCUCGAGAGGUUGAUGUAAGCCCUUCUGAAAUGUCUGAUACAUUAGCCUCAUAUCAUAAUAUGCACCUGAAACUGUUACUGGAUAAGAAUAUAAUGUCUAUGUCUAAUAAAUAUUUUGGAGGCUGACGUCAGAUGAGAUCCCGAAAUUAGAUUAGUUGAUUUGUAAUUUAAAGAAAGUGUGUAAAUAAAAGAAAAAGGAACAGAAACUGCGAGUGCCUUUUAAGCUUCUGGAGAAGUAAGUCUUAGUGUAAAAUUAGUGGCUCUAUGUAACGCAUUUGAAGAUAUGUUUGCGCCGCA